AUGGACGUUGUCACCAGCAACGACAGGUACGCACUGUCGUCUGUCCAUGUUAUAAUGCCCAAAAGCUUGUUGGCGGUGAUUAAAUAUGGAUACGACUUGACCAAACUUUUGCUCACUGUUGGGGGCGUUGAAGACAAUAAGGGCGACGAUUGGGGCGUAUUUGAAGGAGGCGCAUCGUCGAGCUGGCCUGAUCGAGACGAGAAAUUGGCUCGAAGAUCGUCUGUUUCCUUGACCUUGAGUCCGCCAGACGCGUUGAUGGGGUUGAGUCCUGUUGUUGGUUGGGCCUCGGAAAUGUUGGAGCUGAUCGACGUGGGCGUCAAGCUCGGUUUUAACCCAGAAGAGACGUCAGGAUUGGACGACAUGUUGUUCCGGUUCGUGUUUGCAGAACUUCAAACAGUCAAAUAG